AUGGAUGAAAUAAUCGAGCAACUCGAUACGACGACUAUAGUCUCCCUCGGCGCCGUGGUCGUAAUCCUUACCACGUCCUACCUCCUCUCGCACGCCCUUCUUUCCCCCAACACGCCGUCCCGCCUACGCAUCCUCUUCAUCUGGCACUUCUUCGACUUCCUGAUCCACUCCAUCUUUGAAGGCUCCUUUCUCUACAACUGCUUCUUCGCGUCCGCGCCCUUUGAUCCCGCGGUGAACCACCCCGCGCUCGUAACGAACUUCCUGGGCCAGCCGGACAGGGUCUUCGGGAGCCGGUAUGCGGACAACUGGGCGAGCGGGCUGUGGAUGGUGUAUGCGAAGGCGGACAAGCGCUGGGCAGAGGCGGACCUGACGGUUAUCAGUUUGGAGCUGUUGACGGUGCUGGGGGCAGGGCCGUUGGCCUUGUAUAUCUGCUACGCGAUUUACAAGAAGGAUGCGAUGAGCGCGUUUUGGAUGGUGGUGUUGGCUACCGGGGAGCUGUAUGGAGGCUUCAUGACCUUCUGCCCCGAGUGGUUGACGGGCAACCAGAACCUCGACGCGAGCAACUUCAUGUUCAAAUGGGUGUACCUGGUCUUUUUCAAUAUGCUGUGGGUCUUCCUGCCUCUCUAUGCGAUGUACCAUGCGUAUGUGGAUAUGAGGAAUGCGUUCCUGGUUCGGCACGGGGUGGUAUCGGCGAGUCUGAAGGCCAGCGAGGGUGCGAAAAGAAAGUGA